GCAACUCCAUGUGAAUAAAUACAUUGUGAAAAUUCCAUUUUAUACAAAGGACCGUGAAUAAAUUUAUUUUUUAAUAAAAUUAAAGAAAUACAGCUAGUUGAAACUUAAAAUGCAUAAAAAAGUUGUAUUUGCUACGUUAUUGCUUCUUUUUGUCCAAAUAUCAAAUGGUUUGCUUCGUCGGUGUUUUCAAUGUCGGUCUAGAGGGGAACUUGGAAGCUGUAAAGAUCCAUUCUCUUUUAAUGCAACUGAUGUUGAAAAUGAACCCGGAUUGUCGGCUGUACCAUGUGCAUCUGGCUGGUGUGGGAAAGUAAUCGAAGGUGGUGGCACGUAUGCCGUGGACGACUACGACCAAGCAAUACAGCGGAUGUGUGUGCAACGGGGUCCAGAUGACAAUCAAGAUCGCUGUGCCAACACGGUUUACAAUUAUAAAAAAGUGUAUAUGUGCUUUUGCCAAGGAGAUUUAUGCAACUCAAGUUCAAAUAUUAGCGGCCAUUUUUGUUAUUUUGGAAUUGUAAUAGUAGCUUAUAUAUAUAUUCAAUUUUUUUCCUCCCUACCACAAAUUUAAAUUAAGUGCUCCUCAAGCUCUUUCUAAAUUACCGUAUAAAAUACGGAAUUUUUUAUUCCCAGGAAGUGUCUUUUAUAGCCCAACUAAAUAUUUAAAGAACACUUGGAAAUAUAUAAGUCAUAUUAUUGUUAGUAAAAAAAAGCA